CAGUCACUUGUUGGAGCGUCCUGCGUUUUGCCCUGCUUCGUCGACCUACCGCCAGGGGGCAGGACCUGUGCGUGUUCAUUCAAAUCAAAACAAGCAGAAAGGCAGAAAGGCCUUUCCUCGUGCGUCGUUUCGUCGGCCCGUUGUCUGCUACAAGCAAGCUUCACCGUGGCGUGGUACACGGAUACGAUGUACAGCAGGCCGAGGCGCCAGAACCGCGCCUCGCCCAGCAAGGAGAAGGAGGGCCCGCUCAGCCCAACGCGCUUCGCCACGGCGUUCGCGAACCUGCUCUUGGCCGCCACCUCGGCCUAUGCGCUCCGCCAGACGGGGGGCUUCGGCCUGCAGGCUUCCCCUGCGACCUGGGCCUCUACCGUCACCUUCUCCUUCUUCCUCUUUCAUGCCAUCAUUGGAAUCAUCCGCUUUGGUAAUCCACAAUAUGGCGAUGCUUUGCGGUCUGCCUAUGAGAAUACAACUUUCUGGUGUGUGGUCAUCGCGCUGCCCUUUUUUUCCGCCCAGAUUUCUAUAAUGUACAGCCUUCCAACUGGAUUUGGAUUGUCUUUCAUUUUUCUGGGCUUUGCUACUGUUGGCCUACAUUACGUAUCUCGUAUAUAUCUGAAUGGUAAAAAUAAUGGAGAAGCACGCUGGGCAGAAUCCUUCCGAGUGAAGUUUGUUGUCUCAAUUAAUCUUUUCACUAUUGUGGCAUUAUGCUACGUGAAUUUAAACUUCUAUGGUGUUGCAGCAUCUUUGUCAUUUUUGCACAACUUCUUUUUUACUGGGCUGACUGGAACUGUCUUUAAUAUUCCAGCUGUCGAUUUGUUUGUGUAUCAACUGGCCUUCUUUAAUCUCUUUGCUGUAAAAGCCCUUCUUGAUUAAGAAUACUCUGAUCAUUCUAUUCUUGAGUGUGUAUCCUCAAAUGUAGGGCUGCUAUCACACAGUGGCCAACAAGGUUAUGGAAUUAUCUCUUGUUCUGAAACUCUCUCAUAUCUUUCAGUAGGACUGUUUUACUUAAAGUUUCGAUGUGAUAAUUUUUGUUCUUAGUGUUAAAACACUUUCUUGACGCAAAUCUUGAGGAAGAAAAUGUGGAAUGGAUUACUUUACCUUGUGUAGGGUUCAUUUUAUCUCUAUCAUUCAUAUAUUUAUUAUUAUGAAAUUAAUAACCCCAGUACAAAGCAAAAUAAUUAGAUGAAGAUUUUAAGUUGAUAUCUAUAUCGUGUUGUUUGAACCCUUAUGACAAAUCAAAUUUGAAUCAUAUCGGAGGCAGUUGGUAAUAGCCACAUGACAAAGAUUAAUUACCCAUGACUUCUGUAGAACCUAAGAGGAAACAAUUUAUUUCUCUUAAUAUAUAUUUAAGUUGCCAAACACACUAACAUUGUUCAUGUGAUGUGUUACGUUAAUGUAUUUAUUGUCUCAAGUCAUUUGUUUUCCUUAUGCUGUUUAUUUAUUUUGAUAAGUUUAUUUUUAUGUUGUACUUUGUUGCUGUGAUGAGUUAACGAGUUAGUCAGGACCAUUGUUCAAGUGCCAUUCCAGUUCUUUGACCACCUGUAAUCUAAUUACUUUAGUCUUGUGUAUUGUAAAGUUACCCUUAUGUAUUAUUACAAACUGAAGAAGUUAUUUUCUAAUUUAUUCCCAGUGAUAGUUUGAAGAGAUGACAUCAAACCAUGUCUUUUUAUUUUUUACUUGGAUUGCUUUUAUCAUUCCGUAUUUUAAGUUCAAUAUAUGGUUUUGUAAUGUUAAGUCUUAACAAAAAGGUCGGUACAGACUUGAAUUUGUUAACUGGGCAUUUCAAACCUGUUUCACUGUUUACUGGUAUCAUUUAUGCGCUUAUUUUUUUACUGUGUUGUUGUUGGCUUUCCUUAGAUGCGCUUCAAAUUGAGUACCAAUAAUUUACGUCCUUAAGUAAGGUAUGAUUUUGCUGUACUAUUUGUUAGAAUUGUGUGUUGUCAUAAAGUCUCACCCAUCGUCUUUGGGUGUAAUCCACUUAAGAUUGUAGUGUGUUGUCAGAGGACAAUGUAAAUAAAGAGAACAUUUUUUCUUGGUUGA